ACUGAUCUUGUCAGUUUGUGUGUCAAUGCGAGAACCUGUCAAAUGAUGUGGCCAAAAUUAACGUGAAGUGAUAAAGUUCCAAAAUUAAAGUCGUCCAAAAAAUGCCUCCCUCCACCAUCGUCGUUUGAUUGAUGGAGUGUUCAGGAUUAUGUCGCGUUUGUGGAAACAAAAUAGUCUGUAAAGAUGGGAACAUGUGCACGUUGGGCGAACACCUCCUAAAAAACCACCCCGAAGUGUCGAUGACCCACUUUGUUAUGGAAAAUUGUGAAGACCUAUCCAACAGUAAAACAAGCAACAAGAGUAAGCACCGCCGCAGUAAUGCGUCCGAGAUUUUGAAACGCACCAACAAACGGAACAACAACCUUUACAAAACAACAGUCGAGUCCUGGUGUCCCGGCUCCCGUCCACUCCAGUGUCCGAAGUGUGGGAACACCGACCAACCGUACAUAAGAAAACAGAGAAAUAAAAUCGCCUACAAUUCGUUGGGGGCGUUUUUCCUGCUGGGGUGUUGGCCUUUGUGUUUCUUGCCAAUGUUGAUGUGUGGAGGCACAAAUACGAUUAUCUGUUGUCGAAAAUGUGGCUACUGCUUUGGGACUUACGACAAAAAGAAGGGAAAACUCAUCCCUUCGACCAAGGAUUUCAAAGUGGAAACUCCAAACAUCUGCUAGGCGAAUACGGAAUAUUUGUUAAACGUAGUUUAUUUAUUUUAAUGCAGGAAAUGUGUUUGGAUCCCGUAUCGGGACGAACAGCAUUGUCCAUAAUUAUACAAGUUAAGAAAAAAACAGACGCAAAAAUAAUACAUAUUAAUUCAAGACAUUUUGAUACAACGAAUUAAAAAAUAGA